UCUUUUAUAGGCUAUGAGGCCAGUUAAUGAUUAGUGAGUUCCCAGGGGCAGUUUGUUGACAGGCUGGAGUGUGUGAUCUCUCUGGCUGUAGAGGUCUGCUACACAACCACCCUCAGACCUCCGGCUCAGCGAUGCCCUGGAGCCUCUGCGAGAGAAGCUUCUGGCUGUGGGGGGCCCUUCUGUGGCUCGGCACCCGAACUGCAGGAGAUGCACCUUCUACCUCCCAGUCAACAUGCACUGACUUCCAGAGUGCCAACCUCCUCCGAGGUACCAGCCUGAGAGUCCAGUAUCUCCUCUUUGUGCCUUCAGAUCCAGGCUGUGGGCAGCUACUGGAAGAAAGCAGUGACAUCCAAAACUCUGGAUUCAAUGCCACUCUAGGAACCAAGUUAAUUAUUCAUGGAUUCAGAGCAUUAGGAACAAAGCCUUCCUGGAUUGAUGCAUUUAUUAGAGCCCUUCUACGGGCAGCAGAUGCUAAUGUCAUUGCUGUGGACUGGGUUCAUGGAUCUACAGGUGUCUACUUCUCAGCUGUGGAUAAUGUGGUCAAGCUGAGCCUCAAGAUCUCCCGUUUCCUCGAUAAACUCCUGGAGCUGGGUGUGUCACAGUCCUCAAUCCACAUCCUUGGUGUCAGCCUAGGAGCCCAUGUUGGGGGCAUGGUGGGACAGUUCUAUGAAGGCCAACUGGGACGGAUCACAGGCCUAGACCCCGCGGGACCAGAGUACACCCGGGCCAGCCUGGAGGAGCGCUUGGAUCCUGGAGACGCCCUCUUUGUGGAAGCCAUCCAUACAGACACUGACAAUUUGGGUAUUCGGAUUCCAGUCGGACACGUGGACUACUUUGUCAACGGAGGCCAAGACCAACCGGGCUGUCCCCUGUUUAUUUAUGCAGGUUACAGCUAUCUGAUCUGUGAUCACAUGAGGGCCGUCCACCUCUACAUCAGUGCCCUGGAGAAUUCCUGUCCCUUGGUGGCCUUUCCCUGUGCCAACUACAAGGCCUUUCUGGCUGGACACUGUCUGGAUUGCUUUAACCCUUUUAUGCUUUCCUGCCCAAGGAUAGGACUGGUGGAACAAGGUGGUGUUAAAAUAGAGCCGCUUCCCAAGGAAGUAAGAGUCUACCUGCAGACCACUUCCAAGGCCCCAUACUGUGUGCAUCACAGCCUUGUGGAGUUUCAUCUACAGAAGCCCAGAACAAAAGACACCAGUAUUGAGAUUGACUUUGUGAGCAGUAACGCCACCUCCUCGGUCAAGAUCACCAUAGCUAGACAACAACUCCAGGGGAAAGCAGUCAUCGCCCACCCCAACCCACCAUGCCAGAUAAACCAAGUGAAAUUCAAGCUUCAGGCUUCCUGUCAAGUUUGGAGAAGAGACAGGACUACCAUUGCUGGGAAGUUCUGCACAGCCCCUCUGCCUGUCAAUGACAACCAAAAGACAGUCUGCUUACCUGAGCCAGUGAGCUUACAAGAAUGUAGGUCUGUAGCUCAUAACUGGAAAGCAUCCUGCGCCUGACGUAUAAGCUUGGGCAGAACACAUCUCCUUGGGUUUUCUGAGGUGUGUGUGUAUGUGCAAGAUAUGUUGGACCAUUAUCACCAAGGAAGAAGUUCAAAUUCUUCGUUAUUUUUCUCAUAAUUAGUUCCACAGAAGGGGAAGAUGAUUCACUUGAUAGAACUCACUCUCCAUUGCGAAUCUGAAAGCUUUACGUAGAUACUAUUUUCACUUCCCUAUGCCUACGUAACUGCAGUUGCCUCGUGCCUUGGUCUCUGUACUUACUAUUCGGUGGAAACCUAUACAGAGGAAAAAAAUGACGUUAAAAAAUAAAACAUCAUGGAAUAUCUGAAUCUUUU